UUCAAUGCUGAGAAGAAGAAGCACUGUGUUGAAAAAAUUAGAGAAUUACUGUUGAGCCAAAUCUCUGACAAAAUGCGUCGUACCAAAGCUCCGUCGAUACGUGGCACAGCAAAGCGAGGACGUGGCCGUGGACGCGGUCGUGGCAAAAAGAAUGACGAGACUGUGGAACCAGCUGCGCCCACUGUUUUGGAGGAAAGGGAUAGGGAAAGUCCGACCGGCAUUGAACAGACUGAGGAUGCUGUAAUGCAAGAACUGGACAAGGAAAAUGAGCUGGAACCAACAAUAUCCACGCCGCUGGAGGAACAGCAAGUGGCGCCCACGUCUAUUGAAGAGCAGCCCCAGCCACAGCAAAUAGCGCCGCCUGUGUUACCACAAACAAUUGACAUGGAAGCCGAUAUAUCACAAUUGGAGGCGCCUACAUUCACGACCCUAUCUCGCGGACCACCGGAACCAAUGUUGCGACUUAAAUGGAAUCACAAAGUGAACUUGAUUGGCGAGAAGGUGCUCAAUCCCAUGAUCCACUGCUGUGGUCAAUGCCAGAAGCCUAUACUUGUCUACAGUCGAUUCAUACCGUGCAAGCAUGUGUUUUGCCUUAAAUGUGGACGCGAGCCAAACAAAACUUGUCCGCGCUGCAGUGACAAGGUGUUGCGCGUCGAGCAGUCGGGUUUGGGAACCGUAUUUAUGUGCACGCAUGGUGGCAGUCGUUACGGCAGUUCCGGAUGCAGGCGAACGUAUCUAUCACAGCGUGACUUGCAGGCCCACAUCAAUCACAGACACGUCACUCAACCGCCGCCGACGGAAGCAAAGCUGGGCGAUAUAGCCAGCCUGGAUUUACAGAAAACAGGCCAACGUAAACUUUCGGAAUCAUCCAGCACCUCGACGUUACUGCAGCAACGUACAGCGCGCGGCUCAGUCAGCGGCAUUGGCUCCAUACCUCCGCCAGGCUCUGCUGCCGCUGUGGCCGCAGCUCAAAGUUCUGUACACACGCAUUCCACGCUCACGCAAGCGAAUCUCGCGCGCAUCAAUAAUGCAAAUGCCCAGGACUGCCAUCAGGGUAAGGCUUCGUUGCAUCAAUCGCUGAAAAAAUCUGGUCACCAGCCCUCUGAGUCUGUGGCAGACGCCUCCUACUACAGCAGUGUCUUAAACUCGUUUGGCAGCGCAGGACCACCUGGCGGAUCUGGUAGUGGAUCUGGGGUGGGUGGUCCAGGCGUGAGCGGUCCGGUGGGUGGCAGCAGUGGUGCUGUUGUCAGCAAUGCGUCGCAGGUUCCGGGCGGCGGCUAUGAGACUAGUAAUGCAGCCGGUAGCACAGCCAGCUCUUGGCAGCAGUCGCAAUACUAUAGAUGAGGUUCGAGGUAUAAUAAUCUAAUGCAUGUAGCGCAACCAUUUCGCUAAUUUAUUUUUAAAUAAAUCAAAUACACAAUAAACUUGUAUUCAAAAUAAA